CGCGAGCCAGGCUGCAGUAGUGCUGAGUAUUUGGUGUGGGGUUUAUUUUGGGGAGUAGUUUAAGUGCUCUUUUUAAUUUUUUUUCUUCUGCUUUUGGCUUUUUGACGUGUUUUUAAUGUUUUAUUAAUUUAUUUUAUACAUUUAAUAAUAUACCUCACAAUCAGCCUAAACAGUUCCUCUUCGUUUUUUUAAAUAUUCUGCAAAUUAUGAAUAUUUAUCAAGUAUGACUUUUUAUGAGUUUCUGAGUUUAUUUCUUGGACAUCUUGAACUGCUGGUGGGAUUUGAACGUUGGUGUUCUCUUUAAGUCUGUAGUAGAUCAUUUUUCAGUCAUGCAGCAAGAGCAUUUGUUCAAAGUGCUCGUGAUUGGAGACCUCGGAGUUGGAAAAACGUCCAUUAUCAAGCGUUAUGUUCAUCAGAUCUUCUCCCAGCACUACCGUGCAACUAUUGGAGUGGAUUUUGCUCUUAAAGUCUUGAACUGGGACAGCCAAACAGUCAUCCGCCUGCAGUUAUGGGACAUUGCUGGGCAGGAACGUUAUGGGAAUAUGACCCGGGUCUACUACAGGGAGGCCGUGGGAGCACUGAUAGUGUUUGAUGUGACCAGAGCUUCCACAUUUGAUGCAGUGCUGAAGUGGAAGGAUGACCUGGACUCAAAGGUUACGCUCAGCAAUGGCAAACCGGUGCCAGCAGUUCUGCUGGCCAAUAAAUCUGAUCAGCUGCGCGAGGGUGUGUGUUCACAGAUUCCCAAACUGGACACAUUCUGCAAAGAAAACGGAUUUGUGAGCUGGUUUGAAACAUCAGCCAAGGAGAACACAAAUAUUGAAGCAGCAGCCAGAUGCCUCGUGCAACACAUACUGGCCCAUGAGGAGAACACUGUCAAUGACUCUGAUCCAGACACGGUGACCCUGCCCGGCUACAACAACAACACCAAAGAUCACGGCCGAACCAGCUGCUCGGCAUGUUCCAAAUACUGAAACCUGUACUGAGGAGGAACAGAAGUCAAAGAGAGAGAGCAAGGGAAGGAGAACUGCUGCCUGCAUCCAUAGGAAAACAAUAAAAAAAGACAAAGAACAAGAAUUUACAAUAUAGAAAAUAAUUUAUUGUCGACAUACGUAGACCAUCCUCAUCUAUGUUACAGUCUUCAAGUGGACGUUGAACAUGUUGAACGUCCAUUACAUGUUCCAGCCUAGAUGAAGAAGAACACUGUGAAGAAAAUCAGUAAAAAUUGUAUGUCUAUUGUUAUGUUUGAUAUUUACUCAGCAGCACAACACUGAGCGGGUUGCUGGACCAAUAGCAUUUAGAGUAAAUGUGAAGCCAGGACGUGGUAAUUUGCUCUAGCAAUCAUUUAGAAUUACAGUGUGCUGUUAUGUGGCAGAUGGGUCACUUAAGUAAAUAUUGGCCCAGCAGAGCAGAUGGUGGAGAACAUCUGAACAGUUGAAUGGUCGAUCCUUAAAAAGUACCACUUACAGAAAAAAAAUAUUACUAAACACAUUUUUUUGAGUGAGGCCCUACCGUUUCAGUGCCUUGUGGGAUAUAAUUGACCUAUAUUCUGUUAUUUGUCUGAUAUUUAGUUAGACUUUAGUUGUUUUUAAGUCCUGUGAUAGUGUUUCUUACACCUGGGGUGUUUUUCAACAUCAAGAACACAGCAAACAGACUUGUGUUCUUUAGUAUUGGAAUGCAAAUUAAGCAGUGGAAUAAGAUGUAAGGCUAGAACACACAGAUUCAAGAAAGCACAAUAACACACUGAUAAAAUUACCCUGUCAUGGAGAAACCCUGAUCGCAACAUUUAUUGCUUUUCUUUCUCCCAACAUACUUGAUUCAACAAAUCAAUUAAUUAACAACAAAACCACAAACGUGAAGGGCAGGGUGCCUUCAGAACCAGGAUUGAGAAACACACUCCUAUCUCUACUUUGUUGACACCAAGCGUUUAUUUAAAACUUUCCAAUCACAAGGACAUUAUGAGGACAUUUUGUAUACUCAAGGGUAGAUGUGCAUUGUACAGCACCGUUUUUCUGAGAGAUUUCUGGUAUACACAACAUUCCAGUGUAAACAGUUUUUUUUUACUAUUAUGAUGUUGAUGUGAUAUUAAAAUGUUAUUAAAAUUUAA